UUAUAGUUUAUGAUUAAAAAAUGUCAACAAAAUCUGAAACUUGUCAACCCAACCUACCAGACUAGGCAUGAAUUGAAACAUAACAAUAAUUAAUAUGUAAAAAGCUUGAUAAUAUCAUAAUUUGGCCAUGAAUUUCUUUCUUAUUUACUGAUUCGACAGCCAUGUAGUUUUAAAGUAUGAUCCCAUUCAUGAUGGAGAAGAAAUACGAUUUUCUUUGUUGUAAACUAAUAUUAUUACUAAGAUGGAGAAUGGUGUUUUGAUGCAAAGUAACAGUGUUAACAUGGGGGCUACGAGUAAUUCAAACAGUGCUCGUUUGGCAGCUUUACAAGAAAGAAAAAAAUCUAUUGAAGAAUCUUUGAGCAAAAAAGAGAAAGAGCUGAGAGAAUUAUGUCUUCAGGAAGCGGAUCUCACAGGAAUCAUUCCUUCGGAAAUGCCAUUGCAGCCUGGAGAAUCCCCUCCAAGUAUACGAAGAAAGGUUGGGACUUCAUACAUGCUGCCUGAAAACUUGCUCAAAUACACAAACAAUAAAGGCGAGAGUAUUGCUGAUUUGGAAUUACAACUACAGCUCCAUGCUAAUAUGGCUGAAGCUGCACUGGGUCUCGCUCAUAAACAAAAUUUGAGCAAGACCGUGAGGCGGCAGCAUAAAUCAGAAUACCAGCAUCAUAAAAGGGAAUAUAAAGUUCUGCAAGAAAAAAUUGCUCUCCUCAAAGAAGCACAACUAGUGCAGCAGCAGCAAGAACAAUCUUGUAUAAACGAUCAACAAAAGCAAAAAAAGAAACCAAGACCAGCUGAUCAAGAAGAUGGCAUAUCUGUGAUAUCAAACGACCCAUUCCGAAAGAGUGAGCAUAGACAAAGCAUACGAUCAAUGCGGCAUACUUUGCAAACAGACAACAUUACAGAUUUAUAUCCUCAUUUGCACCAAAGAAUGCCUACUCGAUCAACCGAAGUUCCUUAUGAUAUGGGUCAGCAAAUUAGAUAUGAAGAUUUGUCCUCCUCAUUCUAUAAGCUCAAUCUAACUGGAUUUAAAACAUACAUAGAAAGGAGGGAAAAUUAUGCUCCUGUACAGCCACCAUACAAUCCAAAGUCAACAAACUAUCAACAUGUGCAUGGAAGUCCAACAUAUCCACCAACCCAGUUUCAGUAUAACCACUCUACAUACAAUCAUCAAGUACAAGGCAGUCCAGUUUUAUCUCACGGACCUGUUACCCCACAUAACCCAACUAUUUCCCCCCACAGCCACCAUGUUCCUCAAAAUUCCCCUAGCAGUUCUGAUGUCUCAACCAUAUACAGUUCGAAAUACAACAACCCAAGGUACUACCAAACAAUGGUCAACCCUGCUCAUUAUCAGAACUACACGAAAUACACAAACAGCAAUCCAAUUCCAAUAUCCAGGCAGUCUAGUCCAAAUUUAAACAGCAACUUGAACAAGUACCAGUAUUCAAAUUCUCCGCUGCCUCCUCAGCAGUCCUAUAUGUACAAGAAUAGUAGCGUGGAUUCUGUUCCGAGCAAUUUACAGAAUCCUCAUCAGCUGCAGCCCCAUCAGCAAUAUGAACAGAAUGCCGGUCUUGGGGGAUGUUGGAAGAAAAAGGAUAGUGGAGAAAUCAUCUGGUGCAAUUCGUCAUCUUCAAUCGAUCCAAAUUGGCAGAGGGACAAGAGGUUUGGGAGUUUGGACAGGCGGAAAAACAGAAGAAUUCAAAAGAGAAUUUCGCCCAACGGUGACAAUAAAUCGGCUACUUUAUCUACUAUCUCUUAUUCCUUAGAUCAGAAGAAACCUACCUUCCUGCAUUCACCACAGGUUCAGGCUAGACAUUCCCAAGACAGGCAAUUGGUUAGGACACAAUCGUUGGGUAGUGUUGGGGUACAAACCUUGGAUAGCGUCUGGCCUAGUGAUGAUAAUUCUUCUUGCGAUAGCGAAAAUCGCAGCAUUGAUGAAAAGUCGUGCAACACGAUACGACGUCAAAAACAGAGAGAAUGGAGAGAAACAUCUCUAGACAGUCCUGGAUCUCCCGCUUCUUCCAUUGUUAGUCGUUGCCAGUCGACAGUUCCUCCUGUUUUAGCUCCAGAAGAAAAAUAUGUAACGAAUAAUUGUAUACCUCCGCCGAUAAUGACAAAGCCUUCGCUAGAAAUACCUGCUGAAUCUAACCCCUCGCCAAGAAUACCUGAAGCUAACAUGGAACUCUUCAAUAAUAACAUACAUAACAUACCCAAAAAUUGUACCAUAGUACAAGCAGGACACUGCAAACCGUACCAUGAAGAAACAAAACCGUUUGAAAUGUCGGAUUUCUAUAAAUACUCGACUAAAUUCAAAAAAUCCCCUUCCAAGAGUGUUUCAAUGGAGGAUAGAGUGACAUUGGAUAGAUCAAGUCAUUUUCCAAGAAACUUGAGGGAUCAUUAUGACACAAAAAAUGUAUACCACCAUCACAAUCAUCAGGCGGAUUGUUCUCCACGUGGUUCAGUUAGCUCAGGUCAAAUGGACCAUAUGAGCAACACUCUGGAAUACAGUCAGUCACCUUCCAGUCAGGAUAAUUAUUCACAAGACAAAAACUUGUGGUACAGUUCGCAGUCGCAAGGAGAACAAGAAAACAACAAUGCAACUUUGGUGUGAUUUUUGGGUCGACCCAGAAUGUUGACAUAAAACAUUCUUCAUCAUUUUGCCGAGAAAAGUUCAAAGAAAUAUAUGUUAAUACUCACGGAAGAAAGACGCAUUUCAAAUAUGCUUCAUUGGGAAGCUUCUUAUGAUCAAUCAUUUUAUAGUGUAAUAUGUGGCGCAAAACUUAAUUUGUUUAUUUGGAUCAGCGAUAAAAAUAUUUGCAUAAAUCAAUUUAUACGCAGAUAUUUGAUCAAGGGUGCCUAAGUAUUUUUCAUGCAGUAACUUGUGCCCUAUGAAUUUUUCACUUGGUUAUAUAUGUGUUAUUCUUUUUGAAUAACGAUGCUGACCAAUACGAGUGUCAAAUUGACAUUCUUUAUAUGACAAUAUUCAUGAGAAAAAUGCUAAUUUUCUCUACUUGCCUUUUUUGAAUGGUUAAUAUUAAGAUAAGCAAGAAUAAAAUAAUUCUAGACCAAUUCAGUCAUUGCCAGGAACAAAAAAAUGGAAGCUUAUCCAUUUUCACUACAAUAAGUGAUCAAAUCUGACCUUGAAUUACAUGAUGGUUUGUCCAAUAAUAGAAAGUUAGUUAACAAAUAUACAACUGUGAUAGUUGCGAAAUCCUUACAAAGUUAUUAUACUAUUUACGAAUAUAUAAAAGUUGAUCGUUAUUGUCAUGAAAUUUUCCAUGAAAUAUAUUUUUUGUGAAGUAUUUACGGUAUAUUUGGGGCUAUAAGUAAACCAAAUGUAGUGCGAAGUGAUAAUAAAAAUGAAGUAUGUUCGAUAAGUCGGCGUUAAUUUUGUUGAAUUAUAUACAUAUACUCAAGCAUUUUGCGGAACAAAUAAGUUAUGUCCCUAUUAAAAUAAGUACAAUUGAACUAUUCGAUAUACCUUUAUAAAAUUUAUGAGUGAGAAAGAAUAUGUAUAGUAUAGACUACAAAAUCAUCAUUUUGUGAUCACUAUAUAAAUUUCAUGUUUAAACCUAUCAAAUCCUUAUUUAUAUAGUGAUAAAAUGAGGUCAAUAUUGGUGCCUUAAUGAAUGAAGUUUUAUCUAGCCAUGUGAUUUUAUUGAUUGUGCCUUGAAGGCUGCUAUUUAUAAUGUAGAAUUUUAAGAGUCAAAGUUAUUUUUUUUUGGAAUAAGGUUAGACACAUUUUUAGGAUUUUAUUUAUAUUAGAACUUGGUCACGAAGUAUUAUACAAUAAAAAAGGACAUUAGUAAA